AUGGAAGAAGAGACGGCUUCACGCAAGUUGACCAAGAAGGAGAAGAAGGCGCUGGCGUUCCGAACGAAUGCAGGCAACAAGGGCAAAGGCAAGGGCAAGAAGGUGACGGGCGACCUCGAUCAGAUGGCCGUACCGGAGACGGAUGACUUGGACGACGAGGGCGUGCACGCGAACGCAGAAGAGGGAGAAAAGAAAGUCAAGAAGGACAAGAAGAGGAAGAGGGACGAGACCGAUGCGGAUGCGGACACGGCGACUGCUGCUGAAGGAGAAGCUGCCGAAGCCGACUCGGAGGAACCCAAGAAGAAGAAGCGACAACGGGGCAAGAAGCCGUCGCAGAGGAACAGGGAGGCCGCUGCAGCGAAUGCAUCCAAGUUGUUGCUCUUCAUCGGUUAGUUCCAAGCGCAGAUGCCACGAUGCUGCAUUUUAAAUGGGGGCACGAGCUUGGGUCGCUGACUUGGGCAUCUCUGUCUAUGUCUCACCCCCGUCAAUGCGAUACAGGCAACCUACCCUACAAAGUCACGAUUGAGGAGAUCAAGACCCAUUUCACACCAUGCGGUACGCUAGCACGACUUAUGUGCCUCCGGGUGGUCAGGACUGAAUGACUGACAUAUUUCCACAAACACACGAUCGCAACUCCAGGCGAAGUCCCUGAAGUUCGCCUCCUGACUCCGAAACCCAAAGUCGAUGCCGCGGGAGCAACACCAACAACGACUAAAUCCAAAGGAUGUGCCUUCAUCGAGUUCACUUCGCCCUUCGCGCUUCAGUCCGCGUUCCGGCUACACGAAUCCGAGCUCAACGGGCGCAAGAUCAACGUCGAGCUGACCGCGGGAGGAGGAGGCAACUCGGAAGCGAGGAAGAAGAAGCUGCAGGACAAGCGAGCGACGAUGCAGAAGGAACGCGAGAGGGUUGCGUUGAACCGCAAGAAGAAGGACAUCGAGGCGGGCAAGCUGAACCCCGAUGGGUCGAGAUUAUGGGGUCAACCCAAGCCAUCGGCGACGGCCGCGACGGCGGGCGCAGAGGGAGGGAGCGCAUGGGCAGCGUCAUCGUCGGGCCAGGAUGGAGCGGGUUCCACCGCACUCAAUGGCGCGGAGAAAAAGAUCAAGAAGGUCAGGGAUCGUCGAUUGGUCAAGGAUGGACCAGCCGCAGCGAGAUCCAAACCGGUCAAGGCGCCGAAGGCGAUGACGGGUGCCAACUCCAUCAAGCUCGGCAGCUUCUAG